CGCGGAACCCCGCCCGCCCCGACUCCCGUCCUCCCGCGCCUACUGACUUACCCUGCGCACGCGCGCUGAGGCUCCGUGGGGAAGCCGCGGGCCCCGCCCCAAGGUGGGAGGGCCUGGCGCAUCCGCAGCUGGCCAAUCAGCGGAUGACCUCGCGCGCCCGCCCCCUCCUCCUGCCGCCGGCGCCGGGCUCCACGUGCCAGUGUUUGUGUACGUGCGGCCGUGGCGGGGCUGGACAGGGUCCAGGUGGUUGGGGAUUAGGCAGUUCGGGCGUAACCGGAGCUGGGGCGCGGCUGCCAAGGGCCGGCCCGCAAGUGCCAUUGGUCUUUAAAUUCUCCCGUGCUAGGGCCGGCCUGCGCACUCUUACCUGCCGGGGUGCGGGGAGCGUCCCAGCGCUCUGCACUUCCAAGGACUCUUGUCAUCUGCCUUAGGCGGGAAAUGCUGUUGCUGGAUUGCAACCCCGAGGUGGAUGGUCUGAAGCAUUUGCUGGAGACAGGGGCCUCCGUCAACGCACCCCCGGAUCCCUGCGAGCAGUCGCCUGUCCACUUAGCCGCAGGAAGCGGCCUUGCCUGCUUUCUUCUCUGGCAGCUGCAAACGGGCGCUGACCUCAACCAGCAGGAUGUCUUAGGAGAAGCUCCACUACACAAGGCAGCAAAAGUUGGAAGCCUGGAGUGCCUGAGCCUGCUUGUAGCCAGUGAUGCCCAAAUUGAUUUAUGUAAUAAGAACGGGCAAACAGCUGAAGAUCUCGCUUGGUCAUGUGGAUUUCCAGACUGUGCCAAGUUUCUUACAACAAUUAAAUGUAUGCAGACAAUAAAAUCAAGUGAACACUCUGAUGGGAAUGAUUGUGUUCCUGUGCUCAGACAGAAACGAAGUUUUGGAAGUGUAGAAAAUAUCAGUGGGAAAAGGAAGUGCUGGUUCUUCUAAGGAACUGUUCUUUCUGUGAGGAACUUUCUAUGGAAGCUGGUCGGCCCACAGCUUUUGCAGAUGGAUCUGCUGCCCUGAACACUCUAAUGACCAAGACCACAAGUGGGCCCCUAACUCGUCUAGGGUGCGGAUUCGAAUCUCCUCGUAUCCCCCCGCAGCGUUCUUGGAAUGGAUUCUCCCGUACCCGGGGCAACACAUCACACAAUAAACGCCAGCUGUUGUGGAACGUGCAGAGGCGCUUCGCAGCCCAGGGGUGUCGCGGGCACCUGGAAACCCUCGCCGCUCCCGCAGCACAGUUAACCUGGACGAGCUGGGGCAACCCGAUCUCGGCUGUCGGAGUGGGUGUCCUCAGGAGAGGUGACUUGGUCCUCGCGGACGCCAGGUUUUGCCCCUUAGAUACCUGCCACCUCCCAGCCUCCGUUUCCUUCCUGAGAAAUAGACUCCUCAUCCACCCCCUCCAGUUUUCUGCCCCUUCUUCACCUCUCACGGCACUCUAUCCGUACCUUUUCCAAGGGAACGUGCCAUAAUUCGGCUAUGCUCUAUUUUCUUGUCUAAUAGAUUGUAAGCUCCUUGUGGGCAGCAUCUAUGCCUUCUUAAAUCUGUGUUUCUAGUUUCUACCAGCAAGCUUGACCCGAAGGGUCAUUAAAUAAAUGAAUGAAUAAUUUUGUAAA